AUGGCCACAUCAACCAAGCUCACGCUUCUCUUCGUCUGUGGCGGCUGGCUUGUUCCGGAAAGCUAUAGCAAGCUGACAAAUGCCCUCCGCGCUGUUGGGUUCGAAGUGCACAUCCCUCGCCACCCGUCCAUGAACCAGAGCCGGCCCCCAAACGCCGAUCUGGCGACGGACGCGGACCUCAUUCGUUCGUACGCGACGAGUCUGGUCGAAGCCGGCUGUACCGUCGCCGUGCUCAUGCACAGCUACGGUGGCAUGGUCGGCACCGAUGCCCUGUACGGUCUCAGCAAGACCGCACGCUAUGCCAAAGGGCUGGCUGGCGGCGUUUCGCACUUGAUAUACAUGGCGGCGUCCGCGCUACCGAAGGGGAAGAGCAUGGGAGACUUAGUGGAGGAGUUCGGCCAUAUGCGUAAAAUGCCCGUCGCGUUCGGCUUCGAUGACGACCAAAGCUGCGUGCCGAACUAUCCCAAGGAGGGGCUCGUUGGGGAGGCCUAUGCGGACCAGCUUGAUGCAGAGGAGCUCAAAGGGUUUAUCGCCACUCUCGGCCGCUGGAAUGGGAAGUGCAUGUACUUGCCCCUCCAGAACACCCCUGUUUGGCGCGACGAGGUCAAGGUCAGCUACUUGUAUACCACCGCGGAUCUCACAAUACCUGUUGACUACCAGAAGAACAUGGAGGUGGUCGAGGCAGUGGUCAAGUUCACUUCAUCGGAGUGA